AUGGUGAGGGAAGCACACGAACUGCUGGAUGGAAGCAGACCUAUCCCCAUUGACAAGAUAACUUAUGAAUUAUCUCAGAACAUCAUCCUUGCUUUUGACAACAAUGAAAUCGUUUCAAACAAAGAUUUAGAGAUAGAAAUAGAAACAAGGGUUGGUCUAGUGAUAGACAAAAAUAAAAAUAGAAUAAAAUUGCCAACGAAUACGGAUGCUAUAGUUGAAACGAAUUAUUCAGAUUUCUCAUCAGGAGUAGACAAAGAAUCUUUUGAAUAUCUAUUAAAUUACUUACAUGAUCUAAGGCGUCAAAGGAAUAAAUGGAAUUUAUAUAAUGUCUGCACAAGUGCACGUGAUAUGGGCAAUAAUAUGAGUAAUAAAAAUGUUAUAAAAAGUGCAGUAAAUACAAAUGCAUGUAACGGUUCAGAUAGGGGUCAAAAUGGUAAAAACCCGUCAGGAGAGAAUGAAAGGACGCAGAGUGAAAAUUAUAUUUACGAAUUUGUACCAUCCAAGACUGUUAGAAGUGUUGAUAAAUAUUAUAUUUUACAAAAUAAUAAUUCUCGAAUUCGCGUUACGACUUAUUUAAAUGAUGAAUUGAAAGAAGAAGAUGAAAGCAUAACAAAAUCAUUAUGUAAAGAAAAUUUAAAUACAUGGAAUAUUUUUAUGGGAAAUAAUAAUGAUUAUUUUGAUGAAGUAGAUGAAGACGAUGAAGAUGAUGAUCCUGAUGAAGAAAAAGCAAAAAAGAGAAAAAAGGUUGAGCAUGGUGAUGCUGGUCGGAGGGAUGAUGAAAGAAGUCAUACAGGUCGAAAUGACGAUUCUGUAGAUUAUCGUAUUUCGAUAAAUUUAGAACACACCAAACAGAUAAGCAAGUUAUUUUUAUCUAAAAUUUCACCUGUACACGAAAGAAUAAAAGAAAGAACGUCUUUCAUAAAUAAGUAUUUAGGAAUCCAAUUCGACUUAACAAAAAUUAAGCACAAAAAUGAUGUGGAAUUAUAUGAAAUUGAAAUUGAAAUACUUUCGAAAAGCAUUUUAAAAGCUAUAUCUAAUUUGAGGAAUAAAAAUGAUUCAAAUUAUUUACUUUUUAUAUGUUCUAAUUUAGUAAACAAUGCCAGGGGUAUAUGUAAAAAACUUAGCCAUUUUAAAAAAAGUCGAAAUUUGAUGAAACAACCAAAUGAUGCUUCUUCUGAAGCUUGUGUGCAAAUGAAUUAUAUUCUCCCAUCAAAAGAAAAAAAAAAAUUUCAAAAAUAUAUCCAUUCGGUUGUUCCUCUUAUUGGGGACUACAUGUACAGGGUUGUUGCAAAUAAUGAAAAAAAAAUACACGCAAUUCUAGACGAUAAAAAAUUUUCUAACAAUCACAAAGUUGACAUUUUAAAAAAAUUAAUUGAUAUUAGGCGUCACAAUAGAAAAUCUGUCAAAAAAAUCAGCGAAACUUAUGCAGAAAAUCGAUGGAAAGUCAUACGCACGAAUGAUUCACAGUGUGAAAUUGUUUUAGUGAGUGAUGAUGAAAGUGAGGAGUGUGAUACAAAUGAUGAACAAAACGGACACAGUGUCAAUAAUGUAGAGGAGAAAGAACCUCAAGUAUUCAAUUUCGACAAUAGCAGCUCAAAUGCAAGCGAAGGAAAUAACGACAAGAAGGAAAUUUCAGAACAAGAUAGCAGUAAAUAUAAAAAUUUCUACAGCGACACAUGA